AUGGAUGAUGUUGAGACUGGGUACUAUCUCGAAUUGAAAAGUACUCCUGAUAUGUUGAGAAAACAUACUAAUAAAUCAUCGGAUGGGCUGCUUGGUGAGUCAAGCUCCGGUCAGUUUGUUUCCCAUAAUCCUGAUAGUGUCGACCCUCACGCUCGUUCUGGCGGUGAGUUCCUCGGCUCCGUGAACGAGAUGUACGGCCUCGACAGGGUGAAGACUAAGCUGUAUAAGGAGGUUUUUAAGUUAUACACUCAGCGUGAGGACCAGUUUGACAGGUACGGCAGCUUCGAAACUGGCCGUGUGAAGAGGAAGGUUUUUCUGUGGCUCAUGAUUCUCCUUCUUCUCUCCAAUCCCAUCCUCGGCGGCUACAAUCUCUAUCAUUUUAGCAACUAUUCGAGUCGGUUCAGUUGCUUUACUGGCUCUGAGCUGACAAGCAUGUUGGCGCACCUCGGCUCUGACGCCGUUGUCAUUCCCAACUUCAGGACCAGCGGGAACUUCUCAUCUUCCGACUCACCUAAUCCUAAAUACGAUGAGGACGGUGUUGGCAAUGCUAGUGGUGAUGAUGUUGGCAAUACUGGUCGCAAUGUCACCGGCACUAAAGCUCACUAUACUCGUGGAGAUUUCAACGGCAAUAAUGUUGACGAUACUGUCAGCGAUGGCGAGGACCAUGACCCUAACACUGACCAAUGGCAAUUUAAUCCUUUCAGGUGGCUUACGAGGCUGUUCAACUCCACCGACUCUCCCUCUGGGUCUGGUGGCCUUGGAGACCGGUUUUCCAGGGACGAUCAGGAGCUCCAGAACAGGCUCAGGCAGGCUCAGGAGAAGCUAAAGCAGGACCUGCUUUCUGUUGCCCAGUUCAUUGGCAAGAAGGUCAGCCGUUACUGCUUCUUCGAGAUUUUUGGGGAGAUUAUUUUCGGCCUCUUCAGCCUUCUCCUUCUCAGCAUCUGCCGCCUUCCCUGCAACAACUCAAACUCCGUUCGCUACAUGCUGCCCACUCUGUUCAUGUGCUACAUGAUAAUUUACAGGUUUCUCGCCUGCUACGUUCUCCUGACCAGCAUAAAAAUAAUGUUUUACUCUCUGCUGGUUUACAAGCCCCGCUGGGUUUUCGUAUCCUCGUUCCGGAAGAAGGUUUUGAAGAAGAGCGACUUGAACUUCUACUCGAGCUCCGAGACUGGCGGCUUCAAGCUCUUCAAGCGUUGCUUCAGUCGCGACACCUUCUCCAGCAGUGACCCUCACGAGAAGUACAUUCACUCUCUAUACAACUACGCCAGCGACAUCGGCACCUAUUUGAAGAACAUUGAGAUUUCCGACUACACUAAGGGGCUGGACGACUUGGCGACCAAGUUCAAAAAUCGCAGACCGAGUUCGAGCAACUACUAG